UUACGCCAAUCCCCCAAUCCCACGUGCAGAAAGUUCAUAACCUAUCGCGAUCAAGUCACAAGCACCAAUGACCGGCUCGCUCGGCCGAUUAUGCUUAACCGCGGUGGUCCGACUGGAUGCCGAGACUUCCGGUAGGAACCGUCACUGGACGACAAUAUGUACCUAACCUAUGAAUGUAGAAAAUGUUCAGAGAAUGUCAAGAAUGUCAGAAUGCCCCAGGCGGUCCCCCUAGCGACAAAGGGGGUCGAGUACCUAACCUACCUAGGUACCUAUAUUUUUAGACCCUUGGACCCUUAAGACACCCCCGGCUUUCUUUUUUUUUUUUAAUCUGCUGCUACCCAAAGAACAAGAAGGAAAGGGAGAAAAAAGAAAGCUUAUUGUUAAAGUAGUCGAAUGGAAAGUGGCCCCGCUAACAUUUCUAUUAUUAUCAUUAUUAUUAUUAACUAGUUAUUAUUGUUGUUAACGUUCAGCCUCCUUUUACUUUCCUUUCUAUUCCCUCACUUUGUGUCAGCAUUUGGCAGAAAGCUUCGUCCUCAGCACUACUUACCUACCUACAUAAGCUAUCAACAUGAUAUGACGCUUCGGGUAGCUAGUCUUCUUUUUCUAUCCAUACCUCCCCUUUCCUACCUUAUUGUUCCUCCCUACCGCUUUACCAAACGCCAAUUAUGCCGUGGGCGACAAAUCCUCUCUUCAAGCCGACGGCGGAGCCCCCAGCUGAUGUCGAAGCUGCCGCUGCUAACUCCAGUCCUGAUCCUGACACUGAUACCGAUACCGAUCUAAGUCCACAACAGGAUGCCGCGGGAAGUAUAGAUGAUGGAUUCAAAGAGCCGACGGAAAAGUUCACUGCUCAUCAGAUCUUCUACAUUUUCAUUCUUGAUGGGCUAGGUGCCAUGAUUCUCUCCGGUGGUAUCAACUUUGCAAUUGCAUAUGCCAUGUAUGCAACCCAGGAUAUCGUAACAAGACCUAUUCGGUUGUUCUUAUUUCCGAAUACCCUUGCUGGAGAUGCAGCAGUCACCAUCAUUAUUCAGUGUCUCAUUACGUGGCAUAUAGAACUCUUCCUCGUAAACCGGGACCUAAGAAAAGGUGGUGUGCAUCCGAUCGGAUUUAUCCCUGAACCCAAGAGCCGGUUUAUGCGGUGGUUCAUGUUCUUAGACCGUCCCAAAGAGACGCACGAAGUUAGGAGUAUUGUGCAUUGGUUGAGCUUCUUCCGUUCUCAGAUUCUGCGGGCUCUGCUGGUUGCUGUGGCCUUCUUCCCUAUAAUAUGGGGGCCUAGCAUUGGCUUUCUCGUUCUGGCGGGUAAAUGGGAGGGCGAUGACUGGUACUACGAUAAAGUGUGGGCACCGCAGGUCUUUAAGCUCAUUCAGGGAGCCGUGCUGGGACUGCUAACCACACCGCCCAUGGUGAUGUUCUGGCUUACGAGGUGUGGAUGGGCGUUGAAGAAUAAUGAGGAGCGUUACGGUGAACGGUGAGCUUGGCAGGCGGUGCUUAUAUCGCUUCAGAGGUAGGUAUAUACUAAUAAUGCAUUAUGGGAAUCCUGAUAAGGUAUCCUAUUCAAGCAUAGUCUCAUAUGAGAGUUUAAGUCCGGCUUUUAAGCAAGGGCCAAACAGGCAGGACAACAGACGAUGAUUCCAAUUUCAGGUCGUGUACGCACUUAGUCACACGUUGAUUUCCCGCAGCCGUCUCAGCGACGCCCCACCAGGUAACUGAUCGAUAUUGAGUGUAUUCUUCCAUGACCAAUCCCCUCACUCGACCAUCCGGUUACAUGUUUAUAGGUGUCAUAUUUAUGAAAAGCUAUCCCUGUCAAGGCCGUGAAGACGCAUUAGCACAUC